GACGGGUGACGUUGGGUGGGUGGGGCAGACAGGCAACAAAAUAUCAGCUCCUCUCCUCCUGCCCCUCACUUUCAAACUACUUGUUUGAAACACAGACAAGACAGACAAGACAGACAAACAGUUUUCAGGUAGUCCAGCUAUUUCCCAAGAACAUCUCUCAAGGUUAAUCUGUAAGGGUUGCCUGCUGACCCUUCAAUCCAUAUCCACAUUUAGAUUUGUCAUACAUUUGAUCAUCAUGACCGGAACAGCUGUGGUGAUGUUGAGUGUGCUCUUUAUCCUGUCUGUUGGUGCAGAGGAUGAAUCAAGACUCCACCGCAGGCCUGCAUGUGGAGGUUUGAGUGUCAAUCAAGCAUGCCCCCUCAACUUCUCUCCUGUUUGCGGAAAUGAUGGCAUCACAUACGUCAAUGAAUGCACCCUGUGUGUACAGAGAAUGCACAGUAAUGCAGACAUUCUCAUUGUGAAAGAAGGUCGCUGCUGAGAUGGACUCAUGAUAUUAUGAAUUCUUUAUUAUCUAUGUUGGUGUGUUUGCCAUGCAGAUCUAGACCUGUAUUGCAGGAUGCAUGUGCAUGAGUUUUUUCCAAUUUGAAUGAUCUAAUCAUAUACAUUUAGUGUGGUUUUCUGGUCAGCUUGCUUAACAUUAAUAUUGUUCUGUCUUGCUGGAAUUUAUUUAAACUCGGCUUAUUUAAUAAAAAAUAAUUAGUGUGUGCAGUGACAGUCGUUUUGAGAAUGAAGUGCGAGUAACAGCUCAUUUUCUAGUCAUGUUAAUAUGUAACCCAACAGAGGGAUCAUUUUUACAACAUUUUGCUAAUAAAAUGAACCGACUGAGACA